CCAAUUCCCACACACAAAAGAAAUUUUCCCAAAACCUUCGUGAGCUAUCAAAAAUGGUGAGCCUCUCUCUCUCUCUAAGUCUCUGUGUACACUUUCAUCUCUGAAUUGCCUGUGUUGAAUUCGAUCUUAGAGAUGAGUUUCUUCCAAGGAUUGAUCGAAUCUUUAGGGUCUCUUUUCACCGAUUCUUCUUCUUCUGCGUUUGAUUCUCGGAAAAAUUCUGAAAAUCAAGCAAUGGAAGGUGUGGCUACUGGGAAUGAACGGACAGCGGUUAAGCUGAAAGGGUACUUCGAUUUGGCCAAAGAAGAGAUCGCCAAGGCCGUUAGGGCUGAAGAAUGGGGUUUGGUUGAUGAUGCUAUUUUGCAUUACCAGAACGCCCAGCGGAUAUUGGUCGAAGCUGCUUCAACGCCUGUUCCAUCCCACAUCAGCUUUAGUGAACAAGGGAAGGUGAAAUCUUAUCAGCAGAAGAUAUCAAAAUGGCAGGGCCAAGUUUCUGAGAGGCUACAAACUUUGAGCCGGAGAGCAGGUAGCAGAUACACAAACAAGAAAACCUUACCUCAGGCACAACCUGCAGCAGUUUCAUCAACGACGUCUGGUGCUAGAAAGGAGGCAUUACAAAAGUCUUCAGGUCUCAGCGGACACAGUAAUGCUGUGAUGAAUACAAGUAGUAAAAUUGUAAGCUCAAAACCUAUACAAGAAUCUGGUGGUUAUGAUGCAAAAUUGGUUGAGAUGAUAAACUCUGUGAUUGUGGACAGAAGUCCUUCAGUUAAAUGGGAAGAUAUCGGUAGGGACUACAAUACUUCUUCUUCUUCUUCUUCUUAUUAUUAUUAUUAUUAUUAA